AUGGGUGUGGGCAAAAGUCGCGUAGAGGCAAAGCGCUGCUCGUGUGAUGAACUCGCCAAACCAGAUAGUCUCAAUGCCGUCGUACGCACCAGAGUUAGCUGCAGAUCUUCGGACUCGAAGAAUCAUAACCGCAAAAGCAGCAACCCGACCCGUGAUGCGACAAAGAAACGGUCGUUGCAUCAUAAAAAUGACUAUCACAAAUUUCCGAAUAAACACGUGGAGUCACCAAGCAAGCCGAGAGUGAACAAGAACAAUGAGUACCAAUGCUACACUGCGCUCAAUGGCCAAAGAUACUCAGUGGACGCCUUAACGCCCGAAGAACAAUUCGAAGAGGUCGAAAAGGUGUUUCGUGAAAAGAAAAUCGGCAGAGCGCCAACACAAAUCAAUCGGCGCCCAUCGCAAAGUAAUCGGCAGGUAAGCAGCGCAUCUGCAUGUGAGUCAGCGGGAAACGCAUCUGAGACGGCGUCGUUAACAGACUCUACUCAUGCAUAUACACGUAAGGACGAUUCGCCUUCGCUUACAGCGACACGUCUUGGCUGUAACCCCGAUUGCCGUUGUGGGGGCAACAAAUCAUCAGCGCAACCUGCACUGGUAAUAGAACGACGAAACGGAUUACAAAAAGUGGGUCAUUCAAAUGCGGGCUGUCAGUGUGUGUUGUACGAUGGCAGAGUUGGACGUCUGCAUGAGGCAGAGUUGAGCCAAGCUCAGGCAAUAGCAAUAGCUGUGCGUGAAUAUUGCGCUCAACGCCGGAAAAGUGGGCGAGGACAUGGCCAAUACUGUCUGUGUAGCAAAGACGUGCUGCCAAAGCCGCAGUGGCAAGAGGAUGAGGAAUUAGAAACAGAAAGCCAGAGAAAAAACGAAGAAAAAUAUUUAGGAAGAAAAGAUUUGGAAAAAGGGGAAAAUGAAACAGAAGAUGACAUAGACGAUGAUGUAGAAGAAGGAGAAGAUGAGGACGAAGGCGAAAGAGUGGAAAACGCUGAAUGGGCAGCAGAAAUAGACGAGCGUAGGAAAUCAAGAGCAGAAUACGAUGAGCUCUUUGCAGACGAGCAAAGAGAGCUUGAAAAGUAUUUACCAGAAACACGACGAAGGUUGCACGAUAGUGAACAAAUCGAUCCCGAAAGCGGUAAACGAUCCCGUCGCCGGAAUGAAAAAGACUCCAGAGAAUUCACGGAUCAGGACGCCUUCUCGCUAUCGGACGUAGAGCUCCAAGUACAAACCGUAGUCUCAACAACUCAAGACACUCCUCGGCAUGCACCCAAAAAGCCGCAAGGCAGACAACCGCCAAAUAACACUGCCCGUAGGUCAUCUGAUGCAAAACAAAACAGACAAAGGCACGAGAAACUGCGAUUAUCCACACUUACGGCAGACGAAAAGGACUGUAAGUGUUGCUCAUGUGGCACGAAGGAAUUAGGGGAAUUAGAAAUUGCACACGAAGAAGAAGUAAUUGUGAAGGAGACAAAUCUAUCACCGCGAUCACCAGAUGACCUCAAGAGUGAGUCAACGAAACCAAAAAGAGAGCAGCCGUCUGGCCGCAUAGAGAGUGAAGAGUUGCGAGCCGGGAGAGCCAACCGCAGAGUGAGCACCGAAAGCGCAAUUGAGAGCAGCUCACAAGAAGAAGAUUGCAGAUGUUGUGACUGUGACAAGGCCACGAUGACAGACUGGACAGAUGUUGAUCAACGCACAAUAUCCGAGAAGAAAGAUAAGAACUUUGAUAAUAGGUUAACUCACGAUCACGAACCGCGCCACAAAGAAUACGUAGCAAGAGCGCGCAGAAGUACCGAAAGUGAAACCGAACACGAACGAGUAAAGAGUAGCCAAGCUAAGUGGGAGCCAAAGGAUGCUUACGCUAUCGCAGCAACACAGUUCAAUAAAGAAGGACACAAGAGAGAAAAAUUGAAACAAAAAAGCUGCUGCAGAAGCAGCGAAGAUGACGCUGAGAAAGAUCUCAAACCCUGUUGCCCAUGCAAAAAAGACAACCCAACAGCGUCGACUGAAAAACAUAGCGACGAACGCACCGAAAGCGAGAGCGAUUCAGCACAUAAAAUGCACAGCACAGAACGCAUAACAGGACGCAGCGCAGAGCGUAAGUCACACAGCAAUAGACAGCGCAAAAAGUCCAACGCUAGUGACGGCGACAGACGACGCAGCUAUGUACGCAGACGAAGUCGCUCCAAAUCCGAAAAGGAAUGUCAAACCUAUUGUCGUUGUAAGAAAACUAAAGGCGUACCGUUAACGAAGUGCUGUAAGUGUCAUGAAGAGUUCGCCUACAGCGCCGCACACCAACAGGAUGAAGAUAUGAAGCGUCGCAAAUUGGCGGAGGAGCUAGCCGACCGUAUACAAAGACGUGCCGAACUCCAAAUUGCGCUCCAAAAGCGUCUUCAAGAGCAACGGCGUGCUAAGCAGAAGCAAUAUUGUUGCUGUGAUCCGCCGACAUGCUGUUUUCCACUUUAUAAAUGCUGUGAAAUGCAGGCGCCCGAGCCUAUGAGUGUUUAUGAUGCAACGCAAAAAUCUCCAUACUGUUGUUGCCCUUCGCCGCCAUGUUGUCACACAACAACGUGUGGCCCACCCUGUUGCUGCGAACCAGCACCUUGCUUUGGUCAGGAUUGUCCCUGCUGCUGUCAACCAUUGAAAUAUUGCUACCCACCCUCAUGCGCCUAUCCGAGAACUGGAUUGUAA